AUGUCGAAACAAGAACAACCACCACACACUGUCGAAGACGAUGACGAUUGGGCUGAUGUUGAAGAUGAUGAAGAAGAGCAACCACAACAUGGGGUCUCCAAAGAGGAUUAUCAAGAAUAUGAUGAAAAUUAUGAUGAAGAAAAAUUCGAGGCUGAAUAUCAGCAAUAUUUGAAGGGCUUGAAGAAAUCGGAAUCAAAGACUUCAUCAUCAUCCGAGGCGAACAAGCCAUCCACAAAUCAAUCAUCAUCAGGUACUGGCGAACCCAAACAAGGUACCACCACCACUAAACCCACGGGUCAAGAUAAGCACCAUCAUCGAAGACAACUUCAAAAACCAAGAAGAGAGUCCAGUCCACAACAACAAGAAAAUGCUGUCAAUCAAGAAAAGGCAAAGAGCGAGCCAUCCACCUCUAGCACUUCUGCUGCAACAAGUUCCUCUGCUUUAAACCCCAAUGUAAAAUCCUUCCAACCAAGAAAUCAAAACGAGCAAAGCCAGACACACGAGAGACAAUACAAACCCUCUUCCUUCAAACAACACAAACCUCAAACUCAAGCAAGAAACAUCGUUCAGAAGAAGAAACCAUUAAUUUUAUUAAGAAUUUGA